AAAAAUAAUCGAAAAAUAUAACCGUGGGGCUUUUUUCCACUUUCACACUUUAACCAUGGGGCUUUUUGCCCGUGGGUCUUUUGUCCUACACUCGUAAGUAACAGAGGCAAAUUCACAUUUGGAACUUAAAAGUCUUACCUGUUUUUACUGUUCCACUCACAGAUUGUAAUGUAUGAAUUAGCCGGUCGAUUUCUCUUCCUGAAAAUCCCAGUUUAUCCAGAUUCUCCGCGCCCAGGGUUCGAUCUUACCCGCUUCAUUUGUGUAUGUAAAUUUCCCUAGAAGAAAACGAGGCUGACAUCGAAAAUCCCGUAUUAGUGAUAAUACGGUUUAAUCCCUCGACUAUCCAAGAAACUCCGCGAUAAGUGAAAAUCCGCGAAGUAGAAACAGUACUGUACUCUUGUCCACAUAACAUGCGGAAGUUUGGACCGAAAAUGAAGUACGAGUGCCAUUGUAAAGAAAUAGCUGCUUGUCGAUUCAGUGGGAACGCUCAGUGUAAAGCUUUCGGAUGCCAGCGUGGUUUUGAAGGACGUAACUGCCAAAGAGUGGUUUACCCUGACGUAUCAAGGAUAUAUUCUGCAAAAAAUGCUUCAGCAACAAACUGUAUGAAGCUACCAUUUAAAGUGAUAUUUCCAGAGCUAUAUCGUAUCCAAUACGUGACUGUGAAAUGUUACCAUUAUUACGGUAACCGUUACAAUUCGUUUUCAGUUCAUUUCGACAAAGACAGCAAGAAGCCCUUUUGUUCAGGAACUUGUAGCAUGAGUGGAGUGGGAUGUAUAGGGGAUGCAAAUGCAAAGUCUAUGACAAUAUCAGGAAAAGAUAUCUGUAUUGGAGGGUUGUAUGUAUCAGGGUGUGCGUCUGGGUGGUAUGGAAGUGGUUGUUCCAAGCAAUGCCAUUGUCUAAAUGAUGCUAACUGCCACCAACACACAGGAGCUUGUCCAAAUGGAUGUGAAGAAGGAUGGACUGGACCAGAUUGCCAAGUAAUAACUUACCAAAAUAUAGCAAUUGGUAGAAGCGCUACACAGUUGUCGACUGCACGCGUAAAUGGUGUAACUGCAAUAAAUGGCAACACUUGUCGGAAUGAAAUUUACUCAAUGGGAGCCAGCCUAGCAGUGGAUGGUAACUUUGAUCAAAACCCACUACACAGGUCUUGUUCUCGUUCAGUAAUGACCCUCAGAUCAUAUUGGACUGUUGACCUCAAACAAACGUAUGAUAUUUCGCAAAUGAGGAUCUAUUACAACUAUAUCGAGGUGCAUGAGAAAUUCUCAUUUUUAAUUUUGGUGUCCAUAAACAACGUGAAUAGAAUAUGCAAGAAAUUUACUGAUCUUGAGAGAACUACAGUUAUUGAUGUACAGUGUGAUAGUCCCGCCAAAGGAAGUAAAAUCACAAUAAUCCUGUUUAAAGGCCCUGAUCUUAGCUUGUGUGAAGUGGAGGUCCUACAAUGUCUGCCUGGAUUCUACGGUGCCAGAUGCAAAGAACACUGUUCUACCUGUAAGAAUAGGCAAUGUAACCAAUUCACAGGCAAAUGUCUGAACGGUUGCAACAAUGGGUUUGUUCUUGUAAACGGCGUCUGUCAAAAAUGUGCAGCAGGGAAAUUUGGUGCCAACUGUGCAGGCAUAUGCCAUUGUGCUGACAUCAGUAAAUGCUUUGCUGAAACUGGAGUCUGUUCUAGUGGGGGAUGUGCAGCUGGUUACACAGGUAGCACCUGUCAAACAGUCUGUGUUCAUGGAAAAUUUGGACCAAACUGCAAGAAUGCGUGUCACUGUGCCGACAAUAGUAAAUGCAACAGAGCGUCUGGAGUAUGUUCGAGUGGAGGAUGUGCAGCUGGUUACAAAGGAAGCAAUUGCCAGACUGGAUGCCCACACGGUACAUUUGGUAUCAACUGCGCCAAGAAGUGUCAUUGUCUGAACAAUGGAAAGUGUUACUCUGAGAAUGGUAUCUGCAUAACUGGGAAAUGUUCCCAUGGCUACCGAGGCCAUAACUGUCAGUCAGUGUGCCGGCAAGGCAGCUAUGGUCUCAACUGUAAAGAAACAUGUCACUGUGCCAUUGUCACUAAAUGUAAUCAUAUCACCGGUGUUUGUUCAAGUGGUGGCUGUGCACCAGGCUAUGUUGGUUCAAAUUGCCAUCAAGUUUGUUCUGUGGGAAGGUUUGGCUCCAGUUGCACUGGAACAUGUCACUGUGCAGAUAACAAAAAGUGCAACUCAGUGUCAGGUGUAUGUUCAAGUGGUGGAUGUGCUGCAGGAUAUCAGGGUAGCAACUGUCAAACAGUGUGCAGCAGAGGUAGAUUUGGACCUAACUGUAGAUACACAUGUCACUGUGCAGACAACAGCAAGUGUAACGUCAACUCUGGUGUGUGUUCAAGUGGAGGAUGUACUGCAGGUUAUGACGGCAGCAACUGCCAAACAGCCUGUCGCCGUGGUAAGUUUGGACCAAACUGUAAAAGUACAUGUCAUUGUGCCGACAACAGCAAGUGUAACCGUCAGACUGGUGUUUGUUCCAGUGGAGGAUGUGCUGCUGGUUAUGAAGGUAGCAACUGCCAAACAGGAUGUAGCAGAGGAAAAUUUGGGCCAAACUGCAAAAGCACAUGUCACUGUGCUGACAACAGCAAAUGUAACCCACAGUCUGGUAUCUGCUCCAGUGGAGGAUGUGCUGCUGGAUAUAAAGGUAGCAACUGUCAAACAGGGUGCAGUAUUGGAAAAUUUGGACGUAAUUGUCAGCAGACAUGUCACUGUGCUGACAAGAGUAGGUGUAAUCGCCAGACAGGUGUUUGUUCCAGUGGUGGCUGUACAGCUGGAUAUGAAGGAAGGACCUGUCAGACAGUAUGUAGCAGAGGGAAAUUUGGGCCAAACUGCAGAAACACAUGUCACUGUGCUGACAACAGCAAGUGUAACCCACAGUCUGGUAGCUGUUCCAGUGAAGGAUGUGCUGCUGGAUAUGAGGGUAGCAACUGUCAAACAGGAUGUAGCAGAGGGAAAUUUGGGCCAAACUGCAGAAGCACAUGUCACUGUGCUGACAACAGCAAAUGUAACCCACAGUCUGGUAGCUGUUCCAGUGGAGGAUGUGCUGCUGGAUUUGAAGAUACCAACUGCCAAGUUGCAUGUAUAAAAGAUAAAUUUGGGCCAAACUGCAAAAGUACAUGCCACUGUGCAGACAACAGCAAGUGUGACCAUCAGACAGGUGUGUGUUCCAGUGGAGGAUGUGCUGCAGGUUAUGGAGGUAACAACUGUCAAACAGCAUGCGUAAUUGGUAAAUUUGGGCCAAACUGUAAAAAUACCUGUCAUUGUGCUGACAAGAACAAGUGUAACCGUCAGACUGGUGUGUGUUCAAGUGGAGGAUGUGCUGCAGGUUAUGAAGGUAACAACUGUCAGACAGUUUGUAGUGUAUCUAAAUUUGGACCAAACUGUCAAAGUACAUGCCAUUGUGUUGACAAUAAGAAGUGUAACCGUCAAACAGGUGUUUGCUCCAGUGGAGGAUGUGCUGCAGGUUUUGGCGGUAACAGUUGUCAAGCAGUAUGUACAAAUGAUAAAUUUGGACCAAAUUGUCAACAUACAUGUCACUGUGCUGACAAGAGCAAAUGUAACCGUCAAAGUGGUGUAUGUACCAUUGGUGGAUGUGCUGCAGGUUAUGAAGGUAGCAACUGUCAAACAGCAUGUGUUAAAGGUAAAUUUGGACCAAACUGUCAAAGUGUGUGUCACUGUGCUGACAACAAGAAGUGCCACACCCAGACAGGUGUGUGUUCCAGUGGAGGAUGUGCUGCAGGUUAUGAAGGUAGCAACUGUCAAACAGUUUGCAGUGGCUCUAAAUUUGGACCGAACUGUAAAAAUACCUGCCACUGUGCUGACAACAGCAAGUGUAACCGUCAGACAGGUGUUUGUUCCAGUGGUGGAUGUGCUGCUGGUUAUGAAGGCAGCAAAUGUCAAACAGCAUGCAUACCUGGUAAAUUUGGACCAAACUGCAAAAGUACAUGUCAGUGUGCUGACAAGAGCAAGUGUAAUCGUUACACUGGAGUUUGUUCCAGUGGUGGAUGUGCUGCUGGUUAUGAAGGUAACAACUGCCAAACAGCUUGUAAAAAUGGUAAAUUUGGUAAAAACUGUCAGCAGACAUGUCAUUGUGCUGACCAGAGCAAGUGUAACUAUCAGAGUGGUGUGUGUUCUACUGGAGGAUGUGCUGCUGGUUAUGACGGUAGCAACUGUCAAAUAGUUUGUAGUGGAAAUGAAUUUGGACCGAACUGUCAAAAUACAUGUCAUUGUGCUGACAACAAGAAGUGCAACCGUCAGACAGGUGUGUGUUCAAGUGGAGGAUGUGCUGCAGGUUAUAAGGGUAGCAACUGUCAAACAGCAUGUGUGAAAGGUAAAUUUGGACCAAACUGUCAAAGUACAUGUCACUGUAAAGAUAACAGCAAGUGUCACACACAGACAGGUGCAUGCACUAGUGGAGGAUGUGCCCCAGGUUAUGAAGGCAAUGACUGUCGAAAAGUGUGCACAACAAAUACGUUUGGACCAAACUGUCAAAAUACAUGCCACUGCGCAGACAGCAGCAAGUGUAACCGUCAGACUGGAGCAUGUUCCAGUGGAGGAUGCGCUCCAGGUUACAAAGGCAGCAACUGUCAAAAUGCAUGUGUAACUGGUAAAUUCGGACCAAACUGCCACAGCACAUGUCAUUGUGCAAACAACAGCAGAUGUAGCCGUGAGACUGGUGUUUGCUCCAGUGGAGGAUGUGCCGCUGGAUAUGAAGGCAACAACUGUCAAACAGUUUGUACCGGAUCUAAAUUUGGCCCAAACUGUCAAAACCUCUGCCACUGUGCAAAUAACAGCUUAUGUAACCAUCAGACAGGUGUGUGCUCAAGUGGCGGAUGUUCCCCUGGUUAUGAUGGUAAAAACUGUCAAACAGUAUGUGUAAAUGACAAAUAUGGACCAAACUGUCAGCAUGUAUGCCACUGUGCAGACAACAGCAAGUGUAACCGUCAGACUGGUGUAUGUUCCAGUGGAGGAUGUGCUCCAGGUUAUGAAGGCACCAAAUGUCAAACAGCUUGCAGUGGAGCUAAAUUUGGCCCAAACUGUCAAAAUACAUGUCACUGUGCAGACAACAAGAAGUGUCACCAUCAGACAGGUGUGUGUUCAAGUGGAGGAUGUGUUGCAGGUUAUGAGGGUAGCAACUGUCAAACAGCAUGCGUAAAUGGUAAAUUUGGACCAAACUGUAAAAGUACAUGUCACUGUGCUGACAAGAGCAAAUGUAACCGUCAGACUGGUGCCUGUACCAGUGGAGGAUGUGCUGCUGGUUAUAAUGGUAGCAACUGUCAAACCGCAUGUACCAAUGGCAAAUUUGGUGCAAAUUGCCAAAGUAUAUGUCAUUGUGCAGACAACAAGAAGUGCAACUAUCAGACAGGAGUGUGUUCAAGUGGAGGAUGUGCCUCAGGUUAUGAAGGCGGCAACUGUCAAACAGUUUGUAGUGUAUCUAAAUUUGGACCAAACUGUCAAAAUACCUGCCACUGUGCAGACAACAGCAAGUGUGGCCGUCAGACUGGUGUGUGUUCCAGUGGAGGAUGUGUUCCAGGAUAUAAAGGUAGCAACUGUCAGACAGCAUGUGGGAAUGGUAAAUUUGGACCAAACUGCCAAAAUACAUGUCACUGUGCAGAUAACAAGAAGUGCAACAGUCAAACUGGUAAUUGUUCUAGUGGAGGAUGUGCUCCAGGAUAUGAGGGUAGCAACUGUCAGACGGCUUGCAGUGGAGUGAAAUUUGGACCAAACUGUCAAAAUACAUGUCACUGCACUAACAACCAGAAAUGUAACCAUCAGACAGGUGUGUGUUCGAGUGGAGGAUGUGCUUCUGGUUAUGAAGGUAGCAGUUGUCAAACAGCAUGUAUAAAAGGUAAAUUUGGACCAAACUGCCAAAGUAUAUGUCAUUGUGCCGACAACAAGAAGUGUCACACACAGACUGGUGUUUGUUCUAGUGGAGGAUGUGCUCCAGGAUAUGAAGGCACCAAUUGUCAGACAGCUUGCACUGGAUCUAAGUUUGGGUCAAACUGUCAGCAUGUGUGCCACUGUGCUGACAACAGCAAGUGUAAUCGUCAGACUGGUGUUUGUUCCAGUGGAGGAUGUGCUGCUGGUUAUGAAGGUAGCAACUGUCAAACAGAAUGUAGCAGAGGUAAAUUUGGAGCCAACUGCAUCAAUACCUGCCAUUGUGCCAACAACAGCACAUGUAACUCUCAGACAGGCACCUGUUCCGGUGGGGUGUGUGCCCCUGGUUUUAAAGGAAACAACUGCCAGGAAGUGUGUAAACUAGGUAAAUUUGGACUGAACUGUGCAAUUGCUUGUCACUGCGCUAACAACAGCAAAUGUAGCAGUCAGACAGGCAUUUGUUCCAGUGGAGGAUGUGCUGCUGGUUAUGAGGGUAGCAAUUGUCAGACAGUCUGCAAAAGUGGAACUUUCGGUCCUAACUGCCAGAAUAUAUGUCACUGUGCUGACAACAGCAAAUGUAAUUCCCAGUUGGGAAUCUGCUCCAGUGGGGCCUGUGCAGCAGGUUAUGAAGGAAACAACUGUCAAAAAGUUUGUUCCAGAGAUAAGUUUGGACCAAACUGUCAACAUACAUGCCAUUGUGCAGACAACAGCAAGUGUAACCAUCAGACUGGGAAAUGCUCUAGUGGAGGAUGUGCUCCAGGUUAUGAAGGUAGCAACUGUCAAACAGUUUGCCAAAAUGCAAGGUUUGGUGCCAACUGCACCAGCAUGUGCCACUGUGCAGACAACAGGAAGUGCAACCCAGUGUCAGGAACCUGCUCGGAAGGAGGAUGUGCUGCAGGCUAUGAAGGGAACAAUUGUCAGUUAAAAUGCAGAAGUGGUAAAUUUGGCCAUAACUGUGUCAAUUCCUGUCACUGUGCCGACAACAGCAAAUGUGACGCUUUGACUGGUGUUUGUGCCAGUGGUGGCUGUGAAGCUGGCUACAAAGGAAGCAACUGUCAGAAACAGUGCCCCAGUGAUAAGUUUGGUAAAGACUGUAGAAAUACCUGCCACUGCUUUGUGAAUAGCGCAUGUAAUCCUAAGUCAGGCACCUGCUCAAGUGGUGGGUGUGCCCCUGGCUAUGAAGGUAACAACUGCCAAAAAGUCUGCAAGAAUGGUACGUUUGGCACCAACUGUAAAGGUACGUGUCACUGUGCUGACAACAUCAAGUGUGAUUCUCACACGGGCUUUUGUUCUGAUGGAAGAUGUGCUCCAGGUUAUGAAGGAAGAAACUGUCAAAACGUCUGUAAGUCUGGCUACUUUGGUCUACGCUGUGCAAAUCCAUGCAAAUGUAAGGACAGUCAGAAAUGUGAUCCCAAAACUGGUCACUGUCCAAAUAACCAGUGCCUUCCAGGUUAUACUGGACACACUUGCCAAACUUCUUGUCCAGCCAACAGUUUUGGGUCAAACUGUCAGAAAGUUUGUCAUUGUGUGCAGAAUGAACACUGUAAUAAAACCAAUGGGUUUUGUGGUAAGAGCAGCUGUGAAACUGGCUAUACAGGAAUUGACUGUCAAAAGGAAUGUAAAAAGGGAUAUUUUGGUUUGAACUGCAAAUAUUUAUGCCACUGUGCUGACAAUGACCAUUGUAACUUUAAAUCUGGAGUAUGUUCUAGCGUAGGAUGUGCUGCUGGUUUCAAAGGGGACAGCUGCCAGUCAGUGUGUUCUCCUGGAACCUUUGGUGAAAAUUGUCAAUACAACUGCCAUUGUCUCAACAAAAGCCAGUGUAACACCACUAAUGGUAUGUGCCAUGAUGGUAUCUGUUUACCUGGAUAUAUGGGCCUUGAUUGUCAGACAGAAUGCCAGAAAGGAUACUUUGGCACCAACUGUAAAUCUCAGUGCCAUUGUGCAGACAGCAAGCACUGUGACACAGCAUCAGGAGUAUGUUCCAGUGUUGGGUGUGCUGCCGGUUUCAAAGGAGACAACUGUCAAACAGUGUGUCCAGCUGGUACGUUUGGUAUGAACUGCGAAGGGAAGUGUCACUGCAGUAAUAACACUCUGUGUAAUGGAAUUGAUGGUUCUUGCCAUAACAAUAUCUGUGAAGCAGGUUACACUGGGACGGAUUGUCAAACUGAAUGUAAAAGAGGAUACUUUGGUCCUAACUGUAAACAUUUGUGCCAUUGUGCCGACAAUAACCGAUGUGACACUAAAUCUGGAGUGUGCUCCAGUGUCGGAUGUGCUGCUGGUUUCCAAGGAGACAACUGUCAGUCAGUGUGUACAGCUGGAACGUUUGGUCUUAACUGCCACGAACAAUGUCAUUGCAUGAAUAUAUCCCAGUGUAAUCAGAUAUACGGUUCGUGUUAUGACGGCAUUUGCCAAGAUGGUUACACUGGGUCUACUUGUCAGAAAAUGUGCAAGAAAGGUCAGUUUGGUCCAAAUUGCAAACACCAGUGCCACUGCAUUGAUAAUAACCAAUGUGACCCUGAAUCUGGAUUUUGUUCGGCUGUUGGAUGUGCACCAGGGUACCAUGGGGAAAACUGCCAGAAAGAGUGUGGAGAGGGUCAGUUUGGAGUGAACUGUGAAGAAAGAUGUCACUGCAAGAAUGUCACACAGUGCAACAGGACAAAUGGAUUUUGUGAUGGUGGCCAUGGUCAGUGUGAAGCUGGCUUCAUUGAGCCAGACUGUCAAUCAGCUUGCAAGAACAAUACGUAUGGCCCUGAGUGUAACAACACUUGUCACUGUGCUGAUAACAGUAAAUGCAAUCCUCAAUCUGGCACGUGUUCGAGUGAAGGAUGUGCUCCUGGUUAUGAAGGUAACGACUGCCAAAAAGCUUGCACCAAUGGUACCUUUGGAGUGCUCUGUAAUGGUACAUGUCAUUGCGAAAAUGACACCCUCUGCAACAGACAAACUGGUUUAUGCGAGAAUGAUGACUGCAAGCCAGGUUAUACAGGACCUGAUUGCCAAACAGCUUGUCUUCCUGGUACAUUUGGUAAGUUAUGUCAGCAGCUAUGUCAUUGUCUGGAAAGUGACAGAUGUAAUUUCAUCACUGGCUAUUGUCCACAGACCCUGUGUGAAACUGGGUUUGAAGGCCCUGACUGUCAGAAAAAUUUGUUGUUGCUGGUUGGCGUUCCUGUUGUGGCCUUUUUCAUUCUGUUGGUCAUUGUUAUAACAAUUAUAGUCUGCUGCAAGAUCUCUGCAGCCAAAAGAAGUUUCAACACUGAAAAGAUGUUUCCUCUCCCAUUGGACCUGCCUUUACCCCCUACGAUACCAGUACCCCCUGCUAUUAGGGUCACCACAGAUACAGAUGACAAUUAUGAAGCAUUUAUUUGUGGAAGUCAAUCGAGUUGGACGUAUGAUGAAAUGGAGUUAGAAAAGUUACCACCAUCACGCGAUCCUGUCGUUAAAAGUGUUCAAGUUAAACAACAAUAUGAGGUGAUGGCUAACAAAGGUAAACAACAAGAGAUGACUAAUAUAGAUAAACAAGAUUAUGAGGUGAUGGCUAAUGAAAGUGAACAACGAUAUGAAGUGAUGACUAAUGGAGGUAAACAACAGUAUGAAGAGAUGACUAACGAAGAUAAACAACGAUAUGAAGCGAUGACUAAUGGAGGUAAACAAGAAUAUGAGGUGAUGACUGAUGAAGAUAAACAACAAUGUGAAGAGAUGACUAAUGGAAGGAAACAAGACUAUGAGAUGAUGACCAACAAAGAUAAAGAACAAUAUGAAGAGAUGACUAAUGAAGUAAUGACUAUUGAAUCUCAGGUAAGAAGUUGUUGCUGUUAUUGUAAUUUAAGUGUUGAUCAUACUUUAUUCCAGCAGAUCUAUGGUCAGAAAUAUGUCUACCACAUCCCUUCAAGGCCUUAUAGUCACUAUCAGACUUCUACUCAGUUAAACCCAACUGCCUGCACCAUAUCAUUAUUAUUAUGAUAUACAUCACUCAGG